UUUUUUAAAAUCCCAAUACGUCAAAUUAAGGAUGUAUAACCAUGAGAAGCCCAUAAUACGAGUUACCGCUUUCUUUGCCUGAAAACCAGCGAAUGGAUUCUUCAGCAAAACUUCUGUUUUCCUUCUGUUUCAUAGUUCUGCACCUUGCAGCUUUUACAAUUGCUCAGCCAAACUUCCUUCUCCGGUCCUGCUCUGAAAUAGGAAACUACACAGCAAACAGUACCUACCAGAUAAACCUCAACAGCCUCCUAUCCUCCAUUGCCUCCAACACCGUAAUUGACUAUGGAUUUUACAAUCUCUCUGUUGGUCAAUCACAAAACCAAGUAAAUGCAAUUGCGCUUUGUAGAGGAGAUGUUGUGUUAGAGGACUGUCGAAGUUGUAUCAGGAACUCUACUAUUAAGAUCUUGCAGGUUUGUCCCAAUCAGAAGGAAGCGAUUGGAUUUUACGAUUUCUGCAUGCUUCGAUUCUCUAACAAAUCCAUAUUCGGUGUAGUUGAACGAAAUCCUACUUUCUAUAUGAGGAAUUCAAACAACGUAUCGAGCUCAGAAUUGAGUCAGUUCAAUCAGGUACUACAAGCGUUAUUGACCACACUUAGAAACGAAGCUGCAUCUGGGAAUUCGACUCGGAAAUUUGCAACAGGAAAUGGAAGAUCAGGAUUUUAUACGAUUUAUGCACUUAUGCAGUGCACUCCUGAUUUAUCUCAACAGGAGUGCGAUGAUUGCCUUGUUGGAGCUACUGCGGAGAUUCCAAUAUAUAGCAGUGGCAAGCUAGGAGGGAGGGUAAUAAAACCCAGCUGCAACCUUAGGUUUGAGACUUAUCGUUUUUACGAUGAAACUUUUGGCUCAACUCCUCCGACAUCACCACAACAAGCACCACCCGCUCCGGUAUCUCCUCCACCGCAAGCAGGGAAAAAGAGCAACAAAGCUAGGACUGUCGUUAUUAUCGUUGUUCCAACCGUUAGCGUUGUGAUAUUUGUCAUCUGCAUCUGCUUCUUUUUAAAGCUUCGGAAGCCAAAGGAAAAUGUUGAAACUGUGGAUAAAAUAGAAAGCGUGGAGUCACUGCAAUUCGAUUUUGGGACUAUUAGCGUUGCAACAAAGAACUUCUGUGAGGAAAAUAAGCUUGGGCAGGGUGGAUUUGGUGCUGUUUACAAGGGUACACUUUCAAAUGGACAAGACAUAGCAGUCAAAAGACUUUCUAAAGAUUCAGGACAAGGAGAUCUGGAAUUUAAAAACGAAGUCCUAUUGGUAGCCAAGCUCCAGCACAGGAAUUUAGUUAGGCUUUUGGGUUUUUGCUUGGAAAGAAAUGAGAGGCUCCUUAUCUAUGAGUUUGUGCCUAACACUAGCCUUGAUCAUUUCAUAUUUGAUCCAAUCAAGGGGGCACAUCUGGAUUGGGAGAAGCGUUACAAGAUUAUUGGAGGUAUUGCCAGAGGACUUCUUUACCUUCACGAGGAUUCUCGACUUCGAAUAAUUCAUCGUGAUAUGAAAGCAAGCAAUAUUUUGCUAGAUGUCGAUAUGAAUCCUAAAAUUUCAGAUUUUGGCAUGGCAAGAUUAUUUAUAAUGGAUGAAACUCAAGGCAAUACAAGUAGAAUUGUGGGAACUUAUGGCUAUAUGGCUCCAGAGUAUGCAAUGCAUGGUCAAUUUUCGAUUAAAUCAGACGUAUUUAGUUAUGGUGUGUUGUUACUAGAGAUUGUAAGUGGGCAAAAGAAUAAUUCUUUCCGCAAUGGAGAGAAUGUCGAGGAUCUUUUGAGCUAUGCAUGGAAAAAUUGGAGAGAAGGGACAUGUAUGAAUAUUAUAAAUCCAGCUUUGAGAGCAGCAGGUUCAACAAGUGAAAUGAUUAGGUGCAUACACAUUGGGCUGCUAUGCGUUCAAGAAAAUGUGGGUGAUAGGCCAACAAUGGCUUCAGUAGUUCUCAUGCUAAACAGCUAUUCCCUCACUCUACCAAUACCCUCACAUCCAGCAUUUUUUAUGCACACUACUGAAUUAGAUAUCUCGUCUUCAUUGGGGUAUAAUUCAGAGUUGUCAAGAUCCAGGAUUGAAGCUCUCCCCUUGUCAGUCAAUGAGGCCUCAAUUACCGAAUUAUAUCCUCGAUAAAAUGGUUAAAGGUUUUACUUCAAUUGGAAGUGUAUUACACAGAUUUUUUUUUUUCUUUUUCAUUUAGCUCUGCAUAGAAUUUGAAAUUUUACAGUUUUAAGAAUGAUUCCAAUAAUGUAUUACUUAGUUUUCUUAAUAUGGAUUUUGGUUGGUUUAUACAAUUCUUUCAUCAUUUUCGGUUAAGAUUUGCUAGUACAAGUCCA